AUGCACCUCGCCAAGGCUAAAAAUCUAUUUUUUUUAAAAUCCAGUCUUGUUUUUGUCUUACACUUGUUACAAGCCACAGCUCAAGAGAUAAUUCCACCUUGCAAUUUAACCUAUAGGUCCUUCUGUCUUUCUCUCUUGUCACUCUCUUUCUCUCUUGUCACUCUCUCUCUCUUGCUUUCUCUUUUUCCGUUUUUCUUUCUUUUGCUCUAUCUUUCUUAUGGCUAUUUCUCUCUUUACAUUUUUCUCUAUCUCUCUCUCACACUUGCCUUUUCUUUUUCUCACUUUCUAUUUUUUCUCUUUUUCCGUUUUUCUUCCUUUCGCUCUGUCUUUCUUGUCACUAUUUCUCUCUUUACUUCUUUCUCUUUUUCUCUUUCUCUCUCUCUCUCUUGCUUUAUCUUUUUGUCUCUUUCUCUUUCUCUCUCUUUUCCUUUUUCUUCCUUUCACUCUGUCUUUCUUAUCUCUAUAUAUCUAUUUACCUUUUUCACUCUUUUAUCUUUCUUUCUAUCUCUCUUGCUUUAUCUUUUUCUCUCACUUUCUCUUUCUUUCUUUCUUUCUUUCUUUCUUUCUUUCUUUUCUUUUCUUCCUUUCACUCUGUCAUUCUUAUCUCUAUUUCUCUCUUUAACAUUUCCUCUCUUUCUCUCUCUCUCUCUCUCUCUCUCUUACUUUCUCUUUUUCUCUCUUCAGUUUUUACCAUGCAUUUAA